AUGGCUGAAUCAGUUGUAUGCUUUGUGAUCGAUAAGUUAAUUUCAUUUCUCGUCACCACAGAAGCAAAAAUCUCGAGAGAUGUACACAAGGAAAUUUCUUGCAUCCGAGAUGAGCUCGAGAGCAUUCGAUCAUUCUUGAGGGAUGCAGAUGCAAAGGCAGCAAGAGAAGGGGAGGUGAUCAAUAUCAAUGAAAGCAGCGCAACUUGGGUUAAACAAGUAAGGGAAGCAGCUUAUCACAUAGAAGAUGUCAUUGAUGAAUAUUUGCUACGCAUCACGAAGAAGCAUCAAGAACGUGGAUUCCUCGGUCUUCUCCGAAAAGUUACUUGGUUCGUGCAGAAAAUGAAACCAGAGGAGGAGAUGGCUUUGAAAAUCGAGGGUAUGAAGACAUUGGUUUGUGAUGUUAAGGCAAGAAGUGAAAGAUAUGGCUUUAAUUCGACUGAGCAAGGUGGUGAAAGGACUAUUAACUCGCGGCGGUGGCAUGACCCUCGAAUGGCUUCCCUUUUCAUUGAGGAAGCCCAAGUUGUGGGUAUUGAAUCUGCCAGAGAUGAGCUGAUUACUUGGUUUGUACAAGGAGGAGGAGCAGCAUCAUCAUUAUCAUCGUCAACGCGUGCUGUGAUAUCAGUGGUUGGCAUGGGAGGACUUGGUAAGACCACCCUUGCCAAGAAAGUCUAUGAUAACCAAGUGGUGAUAGAGCACUUUGACUGCUAUGCUUGGAUUACAGUGUCACAGUUAUACAGGAUUGAGGAUGUUCUGAGGAUGAUGAUAAUGCAAUUCUACAAGGCGAGGCAGGAGUAUAUCCCCCACGGGGUUGAUGCAAUGGAUGAGGAGUCCCUAAUCAGAAAAUCAAGAGAAUAUUUACAGCAAAAGAGGUAUGUGGUUGUGUUUGAUGAUGUGUGGAAUGUUGAUUUCUGGGGGGCUAUAGAACAUGCUUUACCGGAUAAUGAUAAAGGUGGAAGAAUAAUGAUCACUACCAGGAUUAAAGAUGUUGCUGAUUUUUGCAAAAGGUCUAGUUUUGUUCAUGUUCAUUAUUUGCAACCUCUAUCUCCAGACAAGGCAUGGGAAUUAUUUUGUAGAAAGGCAUUUCAAUUUGAUCAAUUGGAGGGUAAAUGUCCUCCAGAGUUGGAGGGGUUGUCUCUUAGAAUGGUUAAAAAAUGUGAAGGGUUACCUUUGGCAAUUGUUUCUCUAGGUGGUCUUCUGUCAACCAAAGCUAAAGUUUUGUCUGAAUGGAAAAAGUUGUACGACAGCCUCAGCUCAGAGUUGGAAAAUAAUCCCCAUCUCUCAAGCCUCACAAGAAUCUUAUCCCUCAGCUAUCAUCAUCUACCAUAUUACCUCAAAUCCUGUGUUUUAUACUUUGGCAUAUUUCCUGAGGAUUACUCUAUUAGCUGCAUAAGACUAGUACGAUUGUGGAUAGCUGAAGGCUUUGUGAAAGUGACAAAGGGGAAGACAUUGGAGGAGGUUGCAGAGGGAUAUUUGACUGAGCUAAUCCAUAGAAGCCUGGUUCAAGUAUCAAAAGUUUACAUUGAUGGAAAAGCCAGAAGCUGCCGAGUUCAUGACCUCUUGCGUGAAGUCUUCCUUAGAAAGGCAUUGGAUUCGAGCUUCUGUCACAUGUUAUCAGAAGAUGACUCUACUUUUACUCCAACCACUCGACGCCUCUCCAUAGACAGCAGCCUCUCUGAUGCGUUGGGAAGCAAAAGCAUCGAACAGUCUCAUAUCCGUUCUGUUUUUACUUUCAACCAAGAUGAAUGGCCCAACUACUCUUUUCUCAACACAAUCAGUGCAAACUUUAAGCUUCUGAAGGUAUUGGAUUUUGCAGACGCUCCAAUACAGCAUCUUCCUAAGUAUGUGGGGAGUUUAUACUACUUGAGGUACUUAAGCCUACGUAAUACAAAGGUGAAGCUGCUGCCAAAAUCCAUAGCUAAGCUGCAAAAUUUAGAAACCCUGGAUCUAAAACAGUCUCUUGUGUGUGAAAUACCAGCAAAGCUCAAUAAGCUUCUUAAGUUGCGACAUAUUUUGGCCUGCUAUUGUGACUACAAGAAAAACUUUAGCAUGAGUUACGAACGUGGAGUGAUGAUAGAUGAUGGUGUAGGGUGCUUGCUAGCUUUGCAAAAGCUAUACCAUGUGGAUGCAAACCAUGGAGGGAUCAGGCUAAUUCAAGAACUGAGAAAGUUAAGGCAGCUGAGAAAGUUGGGCCUAAAAAACUUGAGAUGUGAAGAUGGACAGGCUCUAUGUGCUUCUAUUGAAAAUAUGAACCACCUUGAAUCUCUAGAAGUAUGCGCAAUGGGCGAGGAUGAAGUCCUUGAUGUACAGUCCAUUUCGACUCCACCAGAAUCCAUUCGGUUUCUCUACUUGAAGGGGCGUCUAGAGAAGUUACCGAGUUGGAUUUCUAAGCUAGAGCAUCUAGUCAAGUUGAGGAUUUUCUGGUCAAGGUUAAGAGAUGACCCACUAAAAGCCCUUCAAAAUCUGCCCAACUUGUUGGAGCUUGGACUCUCAUACAAGGCAUAUGACGGAGUGCAGCUGCAUUUUGAGGAAGGAGGAUUUCAGAAACUGAAGUUGCUAAAACUCAAGCACUUGGAGGGACUAAAUUCACUGAUUAUUGACAAUGGGGUUAUGCCUCUUCUCCAAGAGCUACAACUUGGGCCUUCACCACAACUGAAGGAGGUUCCCUCUGGAAUCCACCACUUGAGAGAUCUAAGAACUCUUAGAUUUGUUGACAUGCCUGAAGCUUUCAGACGUGGAAUGGAUGGCCAGCAUUAUUGGGUUGUUGAGCAUGUUACGGAUGUUCUCUUUAGUUACAAGUUAGGGCCAAGGUGUGACAUAUAUGAAACUCACACACUGCUUCAUUCCAAUAGUUCUGCACCAGUCCCAACUACGGAACGCAUAUAUUUAGAGCUGUAA